AUGACAAGCCACACCACCGCCCAGGACCUCCGCAAGCAGGAGACUCGCACUGCGCUGCAGCACAACGGCACAGUCCCCAAGGACUCAGAAGUCUCCGCCUUGAAGUCCAUGGUCAACGAAAACACCAACAAGAGCAAGGAGAUUGAAGACCACCGGAACAACCUGCCCUUGCCCGAACAACCACCCACCGCUAGCGACUGGCAAUCCGCCGACCAGAGAACCGUUAACGUCGGCUCUGGAGGACGCGAAGGUCCUCUCUCUGGUGAAUACAACAGUGCUCUGCGGGACCCCGCGACCGCAUCGAGCAGCGUCAGAACGGAUGGUGACGAAUGGCACCACAGCACAGCACCAUCGGGUAAUGUUGGACGUCAGGCGAAGGAGAAUCUGGAUGGCCUUCCGAGGGAUGCUCUUGCUCGGUGA